AUGGGCAUCCAAAACAAGAUCCAUAAGCUGGACUGUGUUGCUUUGGAUGGUGGAUACACUCUAUUCGUCGGUGAGCUACUGGACAGCUCGGGUGAGCUCCAGUACGAGAACUUUUGUUAUCCAAUCCGUAAGAUGCGUGGAAUUGCACUGACUGAGGAAGAGAAACCCUACAAUGAGAUCUUCGGGAGCUUUCGCUCUCGUAUAGAGAGCUAUUUCGGAGAGAUGCAGUCGACGUUCACCAAGUUUAGUCAUACAGUUGUGAACAAGGUGGCAGAGAAAGAGACGUUUGGUGUUCAGUACAAGCUAGUGUGUCUCCUGAUGAACAUCAAAAGGUUUGUUGCACUGAGGAACAUCCCCACUGAACAACAUCACAUGUUGUGGCUUCAGGACGGCUUUGACUACCCCAGCAACACAGAGCAAGAGGCCAAGUACACUCUUCCGAACAUCAAAGUCAAGCUGUCCCAGAGCUAA